GUCUGACCAAGCUAAUGCAAGGCGAUCAAGCAUUGUGUGUGAUAAGACAUUCUUCCUUGCUGAUCUGAGUCUGACCACCAAACCAUUCCAGAUCUGUGAGGGGGAGCAAUGGCGCAGUCGGCCGUGAGCACCGUGCUCGGGAGCGUGGGCAACCUUGCAGUACAGGAGACUACUUUCUUGUGUGCAGUCACCCUUGAAGUGUCCUUGUUGAAAGAUGAGCUCAUGAGGUUGCAGGCCUACCUCAGAGACGCCGACAGCAAAAGAAGGUCAGGAAUUGAAACAGUUGCUGUCUUGCUGAGCCAGAUUAGGACGGCAGCUUAUGAAGCUCAAAAUGUCAUUGAAGCUGCAGAUUACAUGGAGAAGAGAAACAGGCUCAAGAAGGGAUUCAUGGGUGCUAUUUCCAGGUACGCUCGCCUACCGAGUGACUUGGCCACCCUUCGUAAAAUCGGUGUUGACAUUCAACAUGUAAGAAGGAAGCUCACUGAUAUUUUUGCAAGUGCGGAAAGACUGAAUAUUAAUUUGGAUAAUAAUGUUCCUGUUGAGGAUGAAUCUCCACAAGAUGAUGGUCCUAUACAUCUAAACUCUGAAGAUGAUGUUGUCAUGGUUGGUUUUGAGGAUGAACACAAGGAAAUAGUGGACAAGUUAGUUGACAAUGAUUCUGGGCUUAGUGUUGUGUCUAUACUUGCCAUGGGUGGCGCUGGAAAAACAACACUUGCUAGAAAAGUCUACGCAUCAUCUAGAGUCAAAAAACACUUUGGCACGGUUGCUUGGGUGACUGUAUCUCAAAAGUUCAAGGGUGUUGAUUUGCUAAAAGAUAUUAUGAAACAAAUCAUAGGGCACAAGGACGAGUCAGUUGACCAAAUGAAGGAGUAUGAAGUGGGAAAGAAGAUCAAUGAAUUUCUAUCACAAAAAAGGUACUUAGUAGUUCUUGAUGAUGUUUGGGAAACAGAUACAUGGGAGCAAUUAAACGGAAUGAUUACAGUCUUUCCAGAUGCAACUAAUGGUAGUAGAGUACUGUUAACCACACGAAAAGAAGAUGUUGCAAACCAUGUUCAGAUGCCAACCUAUGUUCAUCCUUUGAAGAAAUUAGAUGAAGAUAAAAGUUGGCAACUUUUUAGUAGCUAAGCUUUACCAACACACAAAAGGUCUGUAAUAGGUGAUGUGGGUGAAUUUGAAGAACUAGGGAGAAUGCUUUCAAGAAAGUGUGAUGGAUUACCACUUGUGCUUUCGGUUUUGGGGGGUUAUCUAUCGAAAAAUCUGGAUACACAAUCAUGGUCCGAUAUAUUGUUAGGUUGGCCAUCAACCAAAAACAUAGAUAUGAUGCGAAGCAUACUAGCUCGCAGUUAAGGACCUACCAAGUCAUUAUUUAAGAUCUUGUUUCCUCUAUCUUGCUACCUUUCCGGAGGAUUAUAUAAUAGAUGUUUCUGUUCUUAUUGAACUAUGGAUAGUAGAAGGCUUCAUUCCACAUAUACCAAGGCAUACACUAGAAGAAACAUCACGCAAGUAUGUAGCUGAGCUAGCUCAAAGGAGCUUGGUGCAGGUUACCAGCAGAAGCAUGGCACAUCGAUGGAUUGAGAAAAUAAGGGUUCAUGAUAUUUUACGUGAUUGGUCCUUAGAAGAGGCAAGACAGGACAGAUUUCUUGAUGUCAUCGAUAAAACUUCAGGCCAAUUUGGGGCACCAUUAACUGAUAUCAUGGUAUCAUAUCAUUCUUCUUAUCAAGGCUUCAGUGGUCAGAAUUUACAGGCAAGACCUAAUCUCAGAGCCCUAACUGGCUUUCGACUUCAAUCAAUAUCCCUCCCUAAACUCAGGUUUCUUCGAGUUCUUCACAUUGAGAACUCAAGCCUACAGAAUUUCUCUAAGGCAAUUGGUGAGUGUAUUCACCUAAGAUGCCUCAUGCUGAGAAAGUGUGGACAUGUGACGACCCUGCCUUCAUCAAUUGGACAACUCCUUUACUUGCAAACUAUUGAUACAAGGGGCACUGAUAUUGGACUAGUACCAAGCUCUGUCUGGGGUAUCCCUUCUCUAAGGCAUGUUUACCUUGAUAAUUAUAUUUCUCCACCAUGGGGUGUGGAACAAAAAGAGUUGCAGACUUUGUGGUUAGAUUUUCCACAUAGUCGCCAUUUGUACUACAAUCUUGACAUGUUGAGGUUUUUGGGCCAAAUGACUCAACUAACAACCAUGAUGUUAGGAACAAACCGACCUAUUCCUGAGGAAAUGAUGAAUAUACUUGCAGACAAGCCUCGCUUGGUUGAUGUUGUACUCGAUGGUUUUUCUGAGCUUGAUAGAUGGCCUGAGAGUCAUUACUUCCCACAAGGCCUGCGAAGUUUCAGUUUAACUGCUGGUGCCAUGAAACAAGACCCAAUGCCGAUAUUGGAGAAGCUCCCAUGUCUUGUGGUGCUGAAGUUGAGUGGGUACAUUGGCCGAACCAUGUCAUGCUCUGCCGGUGGGUUUCCUCGUAUGCAGAACUUACAGCUUAUUGAUUUUCGAACAGAGGAGUGGAAGAUAGAGGCCGGGGCCAUGCCAAAGCUCUCCCACCUGAUACUCAAGAGGUUCUUUAUGAUGAGAAAACUUCCUGAGGGAUUGUUGCACCUUCAGUCCCUCAAUUACCUGGAACUAGAAUUUAUGCCCUUUAUUUCUGUUGGACAUGACAGCACAUUGAAGGAGUUGCAGCAGAAAGGAUGCAAGGUAACCUCCCUCACCCUCUUGUUCUCGUUAAGUUUAUUUUAUUUGAUUUUGCUGUGCUACCCGCGUUCGUUGCAACGAGGGAUCGAGAUGUUUGUAAUUUUUGUUUUGUUUAACUUGCUUGCGGUUUUGUUCUCUAUCUUUCCCAGCUGCAUUGUAUUGUCUGGAAUGAUAUUCUCUUGCGUGUUUUUGCAGGUGACUAAGGAUGGAGAUCCGGAUCUAAACUAACCUUGCUGCCUACGAUGUUGACCUCUAUUUCUGAUUUCUGUAUUGCCCUGCCUUACAAGUUCAUCUAUUUCUUUCUUGGCCCCAUCUUGAGCAGAACACUCACUAUUAUCAACUCUUCUCUAAUGUGUGUCUGUCUAAACCAGGCUUUGAGAGGAUAAUAUGUACUCCCUCCGUUCCGAAUUAGUUGACUCAGAUUUGUCUAAAAAGGGAUGUAUCUAAACGUGUCCAGAUACAUCCGUAUCUAGACAAAUCUAAGACAACUAAUUUGGGAUGGAGGGAGUAUGUUGUAUGCUCAUGUCGAAUGAUUUGUUUGUACGGUGGUUUAUGAUACUCUGUUGGGGCUGAGCAUACCCACACUCUAUCAUGCUCGCGCUAGCGACUACGCCAUCAUUGUGCACGUAGCACCCUAGCGCCCCUACUUGUAUUC